GACAGCGAUGUAGCUGAAACUUCAGAGCCUCCUGAAGACACAGGUCCGCGUCCCUGUCGUUACGAGCCUCGCAGAGUUCAACGAGAUUAUGGACAACAACAACAACAAAGCCGUAUUAUAAGGACGAAACCGAAAGUGAGACGGAUCGUCUGGUGACUUAAAUUGUAUUGCUUAUACCUAAUUUGCCUUUAUUUUGGAGUAAUUUUAUCAUGAGACUAGGGUGAACUCAAGCCAUUAUGAAAGGGGUCCUUACUUUUUUUUAUUGUAGUUUAGGUGUGAGUGUGAAAUGUGUUAGCCGAUGCCUUCAGUACCCGAAAGCGUAUGUUGCCAUGAAAUAGGGCAAAUAUGGCAAAAAAUUGAAGAGCAAACGGAGGUCCAAAUGUCCUGUAUAACGGAACAUCGAGGAUUCCAGUCUACUUGCUUGGAUGUGUGGGUCCUUGAAACGGCGUAUUAUGCAUAUAGGCAACAACAUGGCACAGACAGUCAUAGAGGGCACGAGUAUGUUUACUAG